GGCGCAACGAUUGCUUCUAGCUGUAUUUGUAAGCAAUUCUAAAAUUUGACUCCAAUUCCGAUUGUCUAAGUUUUUGAGUAAGAUUUUUUUUUGAAAUUUUUACAAUGGUCACACAUACCAACUCAGCUUUCGGAUGUUUUUAAGGAAUCUACAAGAGGCUGAUGAUAUACUAUAUUUAGAAUCAAAUGUUUUACAUUUCCGGUUAUAAAACUGUCACAAUUGUCAUUAUUUCAUAACCGCAAGUAUUGUUACGUCGCAAAUUAUAUUUCUUUACAAUGGCAAACUGAAACUUGCCCAGUUUCUUAUAAAACUAAAAUAUUAAAUCCUACGAAAGUCAAGGCCGCUAUAACUAACAACAUGCCGCGUUAUUGCAAAGUAAAAGCUCGUGAAUUUUCAGAAAACGAUGUCGCUUCAAAAGCAUACGAAAACGGUUGUGAAACUAUUAUUCCAUAUCUUGGUAUUGACCCUGGAAGCGACGAUGACGAUGGCUCGUGGAUCGGUUUUAUUUGGGAGACAGUUAAAGUAGCCUUGGAUCCAAACUCCUGCUGGUUUCAGGUCUUCGUACUUUUCUUAGCUACCGGAAUUGCUUUUAUGCUUGGUGUAUAUAUAAGACGUCGAACAAUCAUAGGUCUAUUGCGUCAAAAAGAGGAGUGGAUAGACAAAGAGAAAAUGCUUCUGAAUCAAUUAUGGGCAGCGUUGGAAGAAAAACUUGAAAAUAAAUCAAUGCUUCACGAAUCCAGAAACUCACUUGAAAAAAUUAAAGUCGAGCUCGACUCGGAGAAAGCAGAGAAAGAAUCUCUGCAGUCUCGGAUGUGGGGAUUACAACGUAAUGUUAAGAUAUUGCAAUCUGAAAGAGAUGUUUUAGAAGAAAAACUGCGGGAUUGUAUUUCUACCUUUUCAGGUCUAAGACAGUCACUGGCUAAGAAUGCUGGAAAGGGCGAAAGCGGUGAAGUUUCAAAUUGUAUGGAAAAAAUUAAAGGUCUUCAAGCGUUAAUGCAGAAGCUUAUCGAAGCUCACAGACAAGAACAUAUCAAUUUCGUUGCUAUGCUUGAAAAACAACCGUCCGUAUAAAUUAAAAAAAAAUUCAAAGCAAUCUCAACAUUUUGUAACGUUGCUUAUUUUGAGUUUCAGAAACCGUCAGACGCGUAAUUUACGCUUUAACUAAUUUUAGUUAUAAUUUACAAAGCACUUUUUGCAAGAAUAAUAAGUUUAACGGUUAAACAAAGAUUUAAAAGUUUGCGCUGUCCGGGUUUUGUGUUUUUUAUGCAAUGAGAAAUAUUGUUUUUAAGUUUUUACUUGUCACUCAGGCGGAUUGCAGCUAAGGAUACCUUAUCAUGCCUUAUUUUGAUAUUGCAGCAAAUGCCAGCAAUAAAAGCGCGAAUGAUAAAUUAAAUGUUUUGUUUUGAGAAAUUAAGACAAAAACCUGAAGGCUUCCUGCCCUACAAGCAUUUGAUUGAUAUGCUGCUAGGCUGCCAGUUGUUUGUCAUUAAAUUUAAAAGAUGUUUAUGAAUUUUGAUGGAAAUCACUCUUUUCCGUCGCCCCAAGUAAACACACAACAAACCAUUGAAAAAAAA